UAAGUGGAUUAAUUGGAAAAAGAAAAGUACUAUUUUUAAGAAAAGUAGAAAAAUAAGUAAAGAAAUUGAUCGUUUUAUCGGUAAAAUAGCAGAAAUGAUAAUCGGUAGUAGUAGUAGUGCAAUAGGUAAUCGUGGAAAGCACAGUAGCGCCGAUGUUUUGGUUAGGUUCGCUACGCGGACGAACGAAAUGAUCUCUAACUUUCCCGCCACCUCGAAAUACUCGAAUGGCCAGCCAAUUGGAAGCGAGAUUUGGAAAGAUUGAGCAAUUGGAACUCGCCACUAGCGAUUGUUUUUCGACCGUACGACCAUUGGCGAUUGAAAAAAGGGUAUCACGACGAUAUUCCGCCAAAAAUGAAUUCCGGCGUGGCGGAGCACACGAGACUCGGCGACGAUUUCCUCGAGAAUUCCGAAGAAUUUUCCCCGCCUAAAAGCAAACGAUUACGCCUAGACGACACCUGCAAUAACAAUUUGAAUAGUACUUUGAAUAGCGCGUCUAAAAAUAAUGCCAAUUGGUCUUGUUCCGGCGAUGGAACUCUCGUUGAACCAGAAAUUUUAGAAGAUAUGGGUGUUAGCAUGUUAGAAGAUGAAGCUACGAGUUGCAAAAGAGCAAAAAAUACACGAUCCAUAAAAUGCGCGUCACCUGCUAGUUCCAAUAGUAGUAAACAAUGUGAUAAAACUAAUAGUUUCGAUGGUCAAGAAAGCAUUCUUAGAGGUUCAAGCUUUGAUACAGUUAUCAUGGAUAGAUUAGAUCAAGAUCCCUACGAAUCGGAUGAGCCAACAACGUAUUCGAUCAUGAGAAACGAAUCUGGCUAUUCCUCUAGGACAGAGAUAGACAAUUUUAUCAAUACGAAAGAGACUUUUUGCAAAGACGAUCUUAACGUUUCUUCGGAAAAAAGUAGUUUCGAGCAGUUUUGUCUCUAUAGAAGAAAAAGAAAGUCUUCGGUUGUCGGCGAGGAUAAGUUUAAUAAAUUGUCCGACGAGAUGAUUCUAAUGAUAUUAAAAUGGCUCCCCAAAAAAUGCCUGGUGCGCUCCAUGUUGGUUUGCAAACGAUGGUGCCAGAUAGCACGAGACGAAGCGUUAUGGAGUAGAUUGGAUUUGGGUGGUAAAGUGUUGAACGAAGGCACGUUGGGACAUAUAUUACCACGUGGUGUUCAAAUACUUCGACUUGCUCAAGCAGAGAUCGCGGAUCCGGUGUUUCUUCAAAAUAGUCAAGUUCUCACCGACAAUUACAUUAGCAAAUUACAAUAUUUGGAUCUCUCGAUGGCAGUGAUUUCUCCGGAUGGAUUAGCUAUGUUAUUGUCCGUUUGUAAAUAUCUUAAAAAGUUAUCCUUAGAAAAAUGUUUAGUAAACAGAUCGUGUUGUAAGGCUAUCGGUGAAAAUAAUGAUCUAGAAAUAUUAAAUUUAACAAUGUGCGAAGGUAUGGAUGUCGAGUGUAUCAAAGAUAUAACGAAACUUAAGAACUUGAAUGCUGUUAAUGUGGCAUGGUGUGGUUUAGAUGCCAAGGCUAUGACUCUACUCUGUAAAUCUUUACCCUCGUCCAUCACGCGUUUGAACAUAGCCGGAUGUAGAAAGACAAUGACAGACGAUAAUGUUAAAGACUUGGUAAAAAGUUGUCCAGAUAUGGUGGAAUUAGACUUGAGCGAUUGCACUAUGCUUACAAUGAGCACUGUUCGUUGUAUAUUAGACCUAUCAAAAUUAGAACAUCUAUCGCUAAGUCGCUGUUACGGCAUACCUCCAUCUGCAUAUGUAAAAUUAGCGUAUAUGCCAUCUUUGUUAUAUUUGGAUGUCUUUGGUUUAAUACCCGAGCCGGUACAGAAAACUUUACAAGUUACCUGCGGUGAAACUCAACUUAACAAGUUCCUAUAUAGUUCCGUUGCGAGACCAACGGUUGGUGUCCGAAGAACGAGUAUCUGGGGGCUUCGCGUUAGAGAUUAAAAUAUGCGUUCUAUUUCUCUUUCGCGUGAAGAAUAGUGCUAAAGAUCAAGUAAAAACCAAAGUAAAACUGAGAUGUACGUGUGCCUUUCAGCAAACUGUCUUCUUACCAAGAGACUGAUUUUACAAUACUAUUGAAAUAAAAUUAAAGCAAUAUACUACUA